AUGCCAGGUAUUUGUUCUAUACGUUCAUUUUGCUCCUUCAACUGUUUCUGCAAAGUUAAUACUAAACUUUGUAAAUUGGAAUUAUUUGGUGUAUCUGACCCUCCAUCACGAGAUUCAUUGGGCAUCUCUCCACUUCCAAAGUUAUCGAGUCCUGAACGCGGAUUUUCCGAGGUGAUAUUAAUUGGUGGUGGAGUUUGUGCUGCAUUGGGUAAUCCUCUAGCAAAAGCCUGCAGUGCUUCGUUCACGUGUUGUGCAAUCAACUGCUUCAAAGCAUCUUGCUCAACGGGUACUCACGUCUCCAUAACAUUAUGUGCUUCGCCGAGUCUCAACAAAACAAUUCCUAAACAGACCCAAAUUCUCUCUUCCCAUCCCUUAUUUUGCUGCUUAAUAUUCUUUGAUUCACAAGUUCAAAUCUUUCUUCUGUUAAAGAACAGUGAAGGAGGUCGCACUGCGAUUCUACAUCUGCUUAUUUCACCAAUUUUUGUAGGAAUCGAUGAACUAAUGGACUCUAAAGGAGGGAAGAAGAAGUCUAGUAGUAGUUCCUUAUGUUACGAAGCUCCCCUUGGUUACACUAUUGAGGACGUUCGACCAAACGGAGGAAUCAAGAAAUUCAGAUCCGCUGCUUACUCCAACUGCACUCGCAAGCCAUCCUGAGAUUUCCCGUGAUCUAGAAUAAACCACCAAAGGUGGUUCAAGUAGACAGUAGUUUAAUUUUAGAAUUCUGUUCUUCUCAACUCUUUUUCUUCAUGCCUCAUCCUCGUGAUAAUCUCUUCCAAAAAGUAGUCCUUCCCAAGCACUCUCUUUCAAGCAAGAUGGCCGUGCCAGUUUCUGCCAUCGGAUUCGAAGGAUACGAAAAGCGUCUUGAGAUUACCUUUUUCGAGUUAGGAAUGUCUGAUGGCCCGGGAUGUGGCCUACGGUCUCUCUCUAAAGACCAAUUGGAUGAAAUUCUGACACCGGCUGCUUGUACCAUAGUGUCUUCAUUGGCAAAUGAUGAAGUCGACUCUUAUGUCCUUUCAGAGUCUAGCCUCUUUGUCUACUCAUACAAGAUCAUCAUCAAAACUUGUGGCACUACAAAACUGCUGCUGUCGAUCCCUCCCAUUCUUAAGUUAGCCGAUGCACUUAACCUGAAAGUGAAGUCAGUGAGGUACACUCGUGGUAGUUUUAUCUUCCCUGGGGCUCAGCCAUAUCCACAUCGUCACUUCUCUGAAGAAGUAGCCGUGCUUGACAGCUAUUUCGGUAAGCUUGGUGCAGGCAGCAGUGCAUAUGUGAUGGGUAAUGCUGAUAAACAACAGAACUGGCAUGUCUAUUCUGCUUCAGCUGAAUCUGCCAAUGCCAAUAACCCGAAUCCAGUUUAUACACUGGAGAUGUGCAUGACUAAUCUGGACAAGAAGAAGGCAUCCGUAUUUUUCAAGACUCACUCAAGCACUGCUGCUGAGAUGACUGAAGUUUCAGGCAUUCGGAAGAUUCUUCCAGAAUCAAACAUAUGCGACUUUGACUUUGACCCUUGCGGUUACUCAA